GUGUACUGUGGUGUCAUGCAUUUGACAUUCUGUGCGCGGCUCCUUUAAGAGACCCCGGAAGUGGAUGUGAAGCGCAACAUUAUAUACAAGGUUUAUUUUGGUUCGUAUUUGUCAGGCGCGCAAUGACGUCUUUCCACUUAUGUACAGCCGCGCGCUCUUUGCUAAAGUCUUAUCGACACAGAGAAGUGUUAAAAACGGUCCAGGGACUCAGAGUGUGGGAGUUCAGAAACAUGUAUCCAUGUACUUCCAUCGCAUGGCUCAAUAGCAUGGAGGAGAUCCUGAGAAAGACAGUGGCCCCAUUACCCAGCUAUGAGAUGAGAGACAAAUCUCCACCUCCACCUGAAUCCAACAAUCUGGAGUUCAUGCAUUUCUACAAAAGUAUAGAGAGAGAGCAAAAACUGGAGUUUCUCGAGAAGUUGUCUUAUGAUUUCGGGGUAGAUCACAGAUGGGCUUCGGACCUGGCUGCGAAGUUGCUGGACACUCAGGUGCGGGAUGUGGCCACCAUCCUGCAGGUGGAGGACAGGUUACGGUACAGUUUAACACCCCGGUACCGACAGCUGCUCACGCACAUCAGCAAGGUUCAAGGCGGGGUGAAGUUCCUGGUGGACCUCAGGGCAGAUCUCAUCGAGUUAGCGUCCUCAAAAAUGACUGACAGCCCACAUAUGAGGAGACUGGUGGUCUCUGAUUUCGCAUGGCUGGUUGUGUUUGGAGCCAAACGACCUUUGUCCCACAUUAGUGAACGUCACAGGCUUCAGCUGUGACACAGUUUGUAAUGUUUUGGUGCCAGAUAUACACUUGAAUUUAUGGCAUGCCAUUUUAAUUUAAGCCGUGACGUCAUGGAUACUUGUCUGUUGUACUAUAUACAAAGUCUACAGUGCCUUAGAGCUC